CAUGCCCAAGAAAGGAGGGAAGCAUGCUGAAAUGGGAAAAGAGAUGCAGCCACAAUGCAAACGAGCGAAGGUAGAAGCAGCUUGUUCUCCAUCAGUCAUGAGUUUUGAGAGCCCAGACAGCCUCUUUGGAAGUUUGAUCUCUCCCAUCAAACAAGAGAUGUUUUUCAGGGAAUAUUGGGAGCAAAAGCCGCUGCUCAUUCAGAGAAAUGAUCCCCUGUUGGCUUCUUACUACCAGUCCCUGUUCCAGUUGUCAGAUUUGAAGGAACUGUGCAGCCACGGUCUAUACUAUGGGCGAGAUAUAAAUAUCUGCAGAUGUGUGAAUGGAAAAAAGAAAGUUUUGAAUAAAGAAGGCAAAGUGAAUUACAUGCAACUGAAGAAGGAUUUUGACCAGAAAAAGGCAACAGUACAGUUUCAUCAGCCGCAGAGAUUUAAGGAGGAGCUGUGGAAGAUUCAGGAGAAGCUGGAGUGCUAUUUCGGGUCUCUGGUUGGGUCGAAUGUUUACAUUACUCCCCAGGGGUCACAGGGCCUUCCCCCUCACUACGAUGAUGUUGAGGUGUUUAUCCUUCAGCUAGAAGGCGAGAAACAUUGGCGACUCUAUAAACCAACGGUCCAUUUAGCUCGGGAAUAUAAUGUUGAAUCAGAAGAUAGGAUUGGGAAUCCCACACAUGAGUUCAUAUUAAAGCCAGGUGACUUACUGUACUUCCCAAGAGGGACCAUUCACCAAGCUGACACUCCAUUUGGCGUCUCCUAUUCUACACACGUGACCAUCAGUACCUACCAAAACAACUCUUGGGGAGAUUUCUUACUGGAUGCAAUUCCUGGCCUUGUGUUUGAUACAGCAAAAGAAGAUGUGGCACUGCGGACAAGCAUACCAAGGCAACUGCUUAUGGUAAAAGGAACAACUGACUCGACAGAAAAACUGAGUAGCCUUUUGAGAAGGCUUGCAGACCGUCUGGAAAACACCAGAGAACUGAGAUCGUCUGACAUGAAGAAGGAUUUCAUUAUGAACCGGUUGCCACCUUGCUUGGGAUGUGACUCUGAUCCUUUGACUCCAGGUGGGAAAUUGCCAAAAAUAGAUAGCAAAAUCAGACUGCAAUUUAGAGAUCAUGCUAUCAUUACAGUGGAACCAGAUCAAGAGAAUUCUGACGAAAUUCGCAGAGAGAUGGUUUACGUGUAUCAUUCUUUAAAGAACAGGAGAGAAACUCACAUGAUGGGGACAGAGGAUGAUACUCAGACUCACGGACUGCGGUUUCCUUUGUCAUACUUGGAUGCACUGAAGCAGAUUUGGAGUAGCAGCACAGUUCACGUUAAAGAGCUUAACCUUAUCUCAGAUGAAGAGAAAGAAAACCUUGCCUUGUCGCUAUGGACUGAAUGUCUCAUUGAAGUUAUUUGA